UUGGCAACCGUGCGGCGCAGAGCGUGGGGCCGACGGGCAUCUGGAGACCGGAAAUCGUUGCAGCAACGCAGACAGUUGGGGUCUUUGGCUGCAUAUAGAGGGUCCGGGGCCGCCUAACAUUGCCAUUCAGGGUUUACAUCACUCUGCUGCCAACAUGUUCGAGGAAGAUAUGGAAGUGGCCAUCAAGGUGGUGGUAGUUGGAAAUGGUGCCGUUGGGAAGUCGAGCAUGAUACAGCGGUACUGCAAGGGGAUAUUCACAAAGGAUUACAAGAAAACCAUUGGUGUUGACUUCUUGGAAAGACAAAUUCAAUUAAAUGAUGAAGAUGUGCGGCUGAUGUUAUGGGACACUGCUGGCCAGGAAGAAUUUGAUGCUAUCACUAAAGCUUAUUACAGAGGUGCCCAAGCUUGUGUGCUUGUGUUUUCUACAACGGACAGAGAGUCCUUUGAAGCAAUACCCAACUGGAGAGAGCAAGUAGCGGCAGAAGUCGGAGAUAUUCCCACAGUCCUUGUACAGAAUAAAAUUGACCUGCUUGAUGACACAGAAAUUAAGAAUGAGGAAGCAGAAGCUUUAGCAAAACGAUUGAAACUGCGAUUUUACAGAACCUCUGUGAAAGAAGAUCUAAAUGUCAAUGAAGUUUUUAAGUAUUUGGCUGAUAAACACCUCCAAAGACUAAAACAACAAACUGCAGAAGACUCUGAAGUUGUGCAUACAAGCAGCAACAAAAUUGGGGUUUUUAACACAGCAGGAGGCAGCCAUUCCGGGCAGAAAUCAAGUGCUCUUAAUGGCGGGGACGUGAUCACUCUAAGGCCAAACAAACAGAGGACAAAGAAAACUAAAAGCCCUCUCAGCAGUUGUAACCUCCUCUAAAACUUGAUUAGAAAAAUUAAAAA